UAUUCCAGGGACUAUGGGUGUAUAAAGUAAGCUUCUUCAUGAACCAAUAAAAAGCUAAGCUAGUUCCUUACAUAAACAUCACAUCAAAUUAACCAAAUGGGAAAUGAAAAACAUUUUGUUUUAGUUCAUGGAGCUUGCCAUGGAGCAUGGUGCUGGUACAAGCUAGUAACCCUACUUAAACAAGCCGGCCACCGUGCCACCGCCUUGGACCUUGGAGCUUCUGGUAUUCAUCCAUGGCAGCUUGAUGAUGAGGUUUCUUCAAUUUCAGAUUACUUGCAGCCUUUGACAGAUUUCAUGGCUUCUCUUCCUGAGAAUAACAAAGUUGUUCUUGUUGGUCAUAGCUAUGCUGGUCUCUGUAUUUCUUUAGCUAUGGAGAAUUUUCCUGAGAAAAUUUCUGUUGCUGUGUUUGUUUCAGCUUAUUUGCCUAGUUUCAAUUCUUCACCGGGAAAUCUCAUACAACAAUAUUUCAAAAGAACUUCGGUGGAGUCAUUAAUGGAUUGCCAAUUUAAAUUUGGCAAUGGAAUAGAAAAGCCUCCAACUUCAGCAAUUUUUGGUCCAGAAUACAUGAAGAUUAAGGUGUACAAGUAUUGCAAUCCAGAGGAUCUUGAACUAGCUAAUAUGUUGAUAAGACCGACUGGAUUAUUUGUCGAUGAUUUUUCCGGUGAUUCUCUGCUAACGGAAGCGAAAUUCGGGUCAGUUCGUCGAGUUUUUAUAGUGUGUGAAGAAGAUGAAGUGAUGGAUGAAGAAUUUCAACGGUUGAUGAUCAAGAAUAGCCAACCUCAUGAAGUCAAAGUGAUUAGGGAAGCUGGCCAUAUGAUUAUGCUUUCAAAGCCGAAAGAGCUUUAUUUAUGCAUGGAAGAAAUUUCUGAGAAGUAUUACAAUUAAAAAUUACUCCCUUCGAUUAAAA